AAGGAAUGUUCAGGUGGCCAAUCAGGAUCACGUUCGGAAAGAUGGCGGCGUUCGGGGGCCGAGGGCGCUCCGCGAAGGAGGGAAGCGGCGACGUGACGCGGUCGGACUCGGACCUCCUGUUGCACCCGGAGCUGCUCUCGCAGGAGUUCUUGCUGCUGACGCUGGAGCAGAAGAAUAUCCCAGUGGAAGAUGAAGUGAGAAUCAGUAAGGAUGACCUUACAGAUCUGUAUAUUCAACAUGUCAUACCAUUGCCUCAGCGUGAUUUACCCAAAAGCAGAUGGGGAAAACUAAUGGAAAAGAAAAGAGGUCAACAAGUGUUGAAACAUGGCACCCAAAGCAUUAUGGCAGUGGAAAAUCUAAGAAAAAGGCCUCUCAUUGUGUUUGAUGGUAGCUCAACAAGUACAAGUAUUAAAGUAAAGAAGACUGAAAAUGGAGCUGCUGAUGGUCUGAAAUUCCUGACGUCUGGAAGUACCAAUAUCAUGUGCAAAAGACUGGCUGGUUCUUCAAAUUCCUCAUCAUGCAUAUCUGCUCCCACUUUUUCAUCGGACAUUAAAAUGGAAUCUAGGAAUAAUGAGGCUAAGCAGAACAAUAUUAUAGUUAGUAUGUCAUCUAGUCAAAAGCCAUCAGUUUUAGAGCCUCUCACUGGAGCUACUGUGGUGAAAUUAAAGAGAGCUGCUCCAAAAGAAGAAUUGGAUUCAUCGAAUGGCCUAAAGCCUACUGAAUCAAAAAAGAAGAUCCAGCAUGUAACAUGGCCAUGAAUCUACAAGGGUUAGGAAUGUAAAUAAUGCUUAGUCUUCAUUUCAGUAUAGAAGAAUUGUAUUAAACAGAGAUCCAGAUUGCAGUGGGUUAUUCGUGAUACUUAGAACUUCAUGGUAUAAAGGAGGCACCGUAUCUUCAUCAUCAACUUGAGAGCAUUUCUGUUGCACUUUGAAUUAUUUACCUCCCAUUUUAGAAGUUCAUUUUGGUAGAACAAAAUUGUUUUACCAGCCUUUCUUUGGCAUUAUUAACUGUAGCCUGUAGAUCAAGUCUUUGCAUGAUUUGAUAGAGAAAACUGUGUGAGUUCAUAACUGUUCCUGUUCAGUUGUACAACAGUAUAUUUUUUAAAAUAUAUACAAGUAUAUUUAGAUGGUAUGGAAGACUGCUUCCCCAUUCUGCUGGUUUUCCCAAGAUAUUUGCACAGAAUAGUUCUGUCGAAAGGCCUGGAAAAAUAUUUCUAAUUCAUGGGUGCCAAUAUCAUUUUUAAAGAAAAUGUCUGGGCCCUUUCCAGUUUUAUAAGCAAAACCCUGAACUGUGCACUGGCUUUGCUUCAAAUUGAAGUUUUUGUUAAAAUGGAAGAUCAAAUGGAUUUCUAUUGUCUUUGGAGAUAACAUAGGCAGAAUCCCUCCCUCCCCCCCCCCAAGUUGUGUGAGAAAAAAAGAACUGUGUGAACCAGAACUGUAUUUUUAUACAGUAUGUGACAGGUAUUUUAUACUACACUUAAAUUUUUAAGGAAGGCUUAUUUAACUACAAAAUAUAGUUUUAUGUCAUAUGCAUUAAUGAAAUUGCAUUAGUUAAAGGCUCUGAAGAUGCUUGCAGCAUCUCAGUGAUAAAGAUAAUUUAGUUUCAAAACCUUUAUAUUUCAACAGCUUCCUAACAACAAACAUGAAGCAGAAGUAAAGUGAAAUAUAAUUGUUGUAACAAUUGCUCACUGUAUUGGGGAGAAAAAAAACAAAUCUACCCAAAUUUAAAUUGUGUUGAUAUCAGAAAGGUUGAUAAAAUACAUAGUGCUUAUGAACAUUUAUAAGAUUUAGCCUACAGUCCAGUAUGCUACUACUUCACAGUAAGUUCCAUUUAACUUACAUUUGACUACUCACAUUUAGGAUGGCGUUAUUGACAUACAAUUUCCAUUGCCUACAUUGUGCCCCAAGACAUCACUGAACCCUUCAGAAUAUAAAGAAUGGUGUAAUGAAGUGUAGUUGAAUUUGCCUCUUCUUAAACACUUGUGCAAGUUUUCUACUUAAGUACACAGUUUAAUUUUGUGUUUUUGUAUUUGAAUUGCUGUCUUUUUAUUAGUUUAUCUAAAUUAAAUUAAAUUAAAUUAAGUGUGACCUCUUGUAUGGGCAAUCUUUAUGCUAUAGUUUUAUCUUCCUUGUGGGACUGAUUCAACUGAGUUUUUGUGUAGUAAAAUUAAGCAUCUAUACCAGUACUCCAGUUGAUUAAGGUACAUCUAACACAACUGUUAUAAUACUGGAAUCAUUUAAAUAUUCUUUAUAAGCGGCAUACAGUCUGUGCUGUAAAUAACAUACAAAAUAUUUUUGUUAAUUUUUUUAGAAUUUGGCACCCUUGAUCAUAGCUUGGUUUUAUUAUCCUU